UCAACAUAUACCUUUUAAUAUUAAAUAAAUUAUAAUACAUUUGUUUAAUGGAAAAUUGUAUGAAAAAGUUCAAUUUUGAAUUUAUUUAUGAUUACAAAAAUAUUCACUCCGAACUUUGAUCAUGGCGGAACAAAAAAGUGAGAAACACAACUGUUUGUUGCCAUUAUCAAGGAUAAAGACCAUAAUGAAGAGUUCUCCCGAUGUCACACACGUAGCACAAGAAUCACUCUUUGUCAUAACCAAGGCAACCGAGUUGUUUGUACAAGACUUGGCUAAGACAAUACACAAAAAAUCAGGCAGUGGUAAAUCAGUUUCUUAUAAAGAUCUCUCAACUCUGGUGGAUGAAGAGGAAAAUAUGCAAUUUUUACAAGAUAUCAUUCCAAAGAAGAUCCUUGCAAAGGAUUACCUUGAUAAACAGAACAAUACAGAAAGUGAUGAUGACAUCGUUAUGCUAGACUGAAAUCAAAUAUAGAAACCGUGAAUUACACUACAUUAGUGCUGGACUACUGACAUCAUAGAAUGCAAUAUAAUAUGCUGUGUCACCUAUACUCAUGCUACAUGUAACGCAAUGGAGGACAUAAAUGACUAGUUUAUAUGGGUAGCUGCAGUGGCCUGCAAGGGAGCAUAUUUGUUUCAUGUUUUGUAUGUAUGUCUUGAGAAAGUGAUCUGAUGAAAAAUGUAUGCAAAUCAAACAAUGGAUUUAGACUUUCUGUCAUGUGCUCCAUGCACUUGCAGGAUUUGGCUACUAGGAUGUUUUAGUGUUUCAAAACUGAUUC